AUGGGGCUGUUUUUCACGCAGAACACGGAAGGAUCUGCGUGCCGACAGAUCAGCACCAGAAACCGCGCGAAUGUGAUCCUGAAGUAUGGUACCGUCUCGGGUGUGGUAGAAAAGCUUCCGGAUGGAAACGAUUUCUAUGCGUUUCGUGGCAUACCGUACGCUAAGGCACCAGUCGGUGAGCAUCGUUUUAAGCCUCCGGAACCGUUGAUGAAGUUCCCAUCUCCCGUACUGGACUGCAGCACGGAAAGAGAUACCUGUGUGGCGAAAAAUCCUUUCAAUCAACGGUGGCAAGGUUCGGAAAACUGUUUGCAUCUGAAUGUGUACACACCACAGAUGCACAGAUCCGGCGCCCGUUUACCGGUUAUGGUGUUUAUACAUGGUGGUGCAUUCAAGUAUGGUAGCGGAAAUAGCGAUUGCUACUCACCGGAGUAUCUGCUCGAACAGAACGUUGUGGUCGUUACGUUCAAUUAUCGACUAGGUGCACUAGGAUUUCUACAUCUCCCGUCACAGGGAAUUGAAGGUAAUGCUGCACUAAAGGAUCAAUAUCAGGCACUGCGCUGGGUGUCAGAAAACAUAUCGCACUUCAACGGUGAUCCCAACAAUGUGACCCUGUUUGGAGAAAGUGCCGGUGCAAUAUCGGUACACCUUCAUCUUCUAUCGCCACAGUCUACCCAAUACUUUCACAAGGCGAUUUGUCAGAGCAGCGUAGCACUAGCGGACUAUGCCGUGCCGAACGAUACACUCGGGAACUCUCGACGUCUCGCGCGAUUAAUAAAUCCAACUGCCUCUACCGACCCAGAGAUCCUACAAACAUUACAAACUGCACACGCAAAGCAAUUGGCUGAGCUCUGCGAUCGUACGCCUGUGGAAGACGAAAAGCGUGGAACUAUUUUGAUGCCCUUUCGACCGGUUGUGGAUGGUCCCGCAGAGGAUCCUAUUGUGCCACUACAUCCUAUCACGGCCAUGAGCACUCCCGGUCUUGUACCUGACAUUCCUCUUCUGCUCGGUUACAACGAUCGGGAAGGUGGAACCUUUCUGACACACAUAACUAAAUAUCCCGAUCUUUAUCGAAACGAUAUGGAGCGCAUGAUACCACGUACGCUCAACGUCAGGCAUGGGUCACCGGAAGCAAAAGCCCUUGCAAGAAACAUUGAAACUUUUUACUAUGGCAAGGAGGGUUACUCACCGCGAAAGAUCAACGAAUGUGCAAAUCUGAUGUCUGACUUUAGUUUCGCAAUCGUGAUGAGAAUCACGGCAGAAUUGCACGCUCGGUACCAACAUCGAUCGCCACUGUACUUCUACCGCUUCGAGUACGAUGGUGAACUGAACCUGUACAAGAAGUAUCUACCAUUCCCAAUUACUGGUGCGUAUCAUGCCGACGAGCUAGGAUAUCUGUUCCGUAUGCGUAUGAACCCGAAAGAGGUACUUCCACAAUCGAACGAGGCACGUGUCCGGCGGUACAUGUGUCGCAUGUGGACCAACUUUGCACGGUACGGCAAUCCGACACCAGCGCAUGAUGAGUCGCUCCACUUUCGCUGGUCACCUGUGCCAGUGAUGGAACUAAAUUCUGCUGAGGAGUUCCACCUACCCUACUUACGCAUCAAUCCCGAGCCGCAGAUGUCGAUCGAUCCGGACAAAGAGAGGAUAGCGUUUUGGCAAAACGUUUACGACAGAUUCAAUGGAGGAUUCCAUCACCCUAAAGCUAGGCAUUAG